AUUUUAUACCCUUUUAUUGUUCAGCCAUGAAUGGGCGAGAGUGAGAAACCGGCAGCCAUAAGACAACACUUAAUCAUCAGCACAGGGUCCUCUGUCUCGGCCCGGUUGAAUUAUCCGUAUAAAUAAGGCCGCGAUUUGUUUUGGAGAAAAGUUUAAACCCAACACAGUACUACUAAUAACUCAUCUAACAGUCGUUACUGAAUGAUUUCUUUGAUGAAGCUGUUAACCAGACCAUUCGUUUGGAAGUCUAAAUAACUAGCUGAUCAGGAUACUAUGCAACUAUUUGCAUUAAAGUAAGUGUUGUUUCCAUUAAGUGCUGACAUUUGUGUAGUUCAAUAUUUGCGCUGUGCGACGGUUAUUUUUGUAAUGGUUAAAGAGUUGAAGGACUGCAGUUAUGCAGAUCGAUGCUGGGAUAAUCUGGUUUUCCCUGUCUGAACGCGUAGCCAAACGAGCAUGACGCGCAAAGCCCCCGCCCCGUUGUUAGCCCGGCCCACAGCCGGCGCAGCCACACCAGGCACGGUCCACCUUCUAUCUAUAGUUCACGGCGUCCCCGGGGAAUUUUUGAGCCUUUUUAUCGGUAGGUUUUUAAGAUGUCUAUGGAUGUGACGUUCCUCGGCACGGGCUCCGCGUACCCUUCUCCGCAUCGCGGCGCUUCGGCCUUAGUCCUCCGCACCGAGGGAGACUGCUGGCUCUUCGACUGCGGGGAGGGGACGCAGACACAGCUGAUGAAAAGUCAGCUAAAAGCCAGUCGCAUCACUAAGGUGUUCAUCUCUCACCUGCAUGGGGACCACCUGUUUGGGCUGCCUGGCUUACUGUGCACAAUUAGCCUGAACUGGAGCUCUGCACCAUCACAGACACCAACCCCGCCCCCAGCCCCGCCCCCAGCCCAGCCCCGCCCCCAGGCGCAGGUGGAUAUCUAUGGCCCCUCUGGCUUGAGGUACUUCCUGCGUGUGGCCCUGGGGUUGUCGGGCUCCCAGCUGCUCUUCCCAUAUGCGGUGCACGAGCUGGAGCCCACGCCUGACCAGUGCCCCCCUGACGCCUUUUUGUACCCCUUGGCUGCCCUUCCCUGCGACGAGCACUUGCACCCCCAGGAGCUGCCAGGUCGGACCCUCACUCUGGACAGUGCUGACGACUGCUAUACACUCCUGGAGGACGAGCACUUCGUGGUCAAAGCCUUCCGCCUCUUCCACCGGCUGCCAUCCUUUGGCUUUGCGGUGCAGGAACGAGAGCGGCCUGGCAGGCUGAACACGCAGCUGCUGAAGGAGCUGGGGGUGAAGCCGGGCCCUGUGUACGGGCGGCUGAAGGGCGGCGAGUCAGUGACCCUGGACGACGGGCGGGUGGUGACCCCCGGACAGGUUCUGGAGAGACCCAUACCCGGGCGCAAGGUGUGCGUGCUGGGAGACUGCAGUGCAUUGGUUGGCCAUGCAGGGGUGCUGCAUGUGUGCCAGGGCGCUGACCUGCUCGUCCACGAGGCCACACUGUCGGACGAGCACCAGGAGCGUGCAGUAGAGCACGGACACAGCACGCCCAGCAUGGCCGCCGAGGUGGCGCGGGCUUGCCAAGUGCGUACGCUGGUACUGCACCACUUCAGCCAGCGGUACAGGCCCGUGGGCCUGCGGGCGGAGGAAGACGCCGGCAGAGAGGCCGAUGGUAGCAGGGACAAUGGGGACGUGAUGGAGCUGAAGCGGCAGGCCGAGGGGGCGCUACAGGGCACAGGGGUGCAGGUCGUCCUGGCUGAGGACUUCCUCUCAUUAUCCAUCCCCAUGAAAAGGCCGUGACCAAGCAACGUGUCUUCAUGCAGUCUGCACGUUUGUGCAUUUACAUUGGAAAUCAUACAGUGUGCAUGUAUCUAACAUACAAUGUGCAUUUGUACAAUGAAUGUUCAUGUUGUACCUGUAAGUAUAAGGUAAGGAAUCAGAUUACAGUGUCUUUCACACACACGGUCUCCACAAAAUGACGAUUUAUGAAAUGGAAACAUUCAUGGAUACUGUGUAGACAUAGACUGGAGAUUGAAAGGCACUUCAUGCCCAUAAAGACCGUCCCCAACAAGGUACAGGUGUUGUGAGAGAAUCUGCAUAUAAAGGGCGAUCGCCCAGCUGGUGAUGAGCCUGCGAUCAGGCAGGAUUGUCAGGAUGGUCAGUGAGAAGGCAGCUGCCCCAUAUCCCCUCCAAAUGCUACCUCAGUCACUUCAUCAUCUUUUUAGUGCUAUUGGAUGAAACCAUCCAUCCAUCCAUCCAUCCAUUUUCCAAACCGCUUAUCCUAUUGGGUCGCGGGGGGUCCGGAGCCUAUCCCGGAAUCAAUGGGCACGAGGCAGGGAACAACCCAGGAUGGGGGGCCAGCCCAUCGCAGGGCACACUCACACACCAUUCACUCACACAUGCACACCUACGGGCAAUUUAGCAACUCCAAUUAGCCUCAGCAUGUUUUUGGACUGUGGGGGGAAACCGGAGUACCCGGAGGAAACCCCACGACGACAUGGGGAGAACAUGCAAACUCCGCACACAUGUGACCCAGGCGGAGACUCGAACCCGGGUCCCAGAGGUGUGAGGCGACAGUGCUAACCACUGCACCACCAUGCCGCCCCCCUGGAUGAAACCACCAUUGUCAUAAUCUAUUCGAAAUAUCUAUAUUCUGAUCAUCAUCCUGAACUAUAGGAUGACUUCUGACAUGUAACAUGUGGUGUUGCAAAUCUGGAAAUCAGGGUAAAUCAAGUCAAAAGCGACAGUUAGGGAAAAUUAAUUAUAUGUUUAUGAUGUACAGCAACCUGUAUUCAUAAGUGUGCCUCACCACCCAAAAACACAAAUACUUUGUGUAAGCACGUUUACGUUCAUUCACGUAAUGUUCUAUGAAUGCAUUGUAAAGGGAUUACGAAGGUGCGGUUAAUCGUGAAGCAUUUGCGAAUGUUCUUUUAUGAGGUGUGUAUUUAUACACCUUACAGAGUACAUUGACACAGUGAACUCUUUUGCAGUGUAUAUUUACAUCUCGCAUAGUCGCACUGGAUAGCAGUGCUGCGUCACACCCCCAGGGUUGGAGUCCUGCCCACACUCUGUGUGUGGGGUUGGCAUGUUCACUGCCCUGCAGUCCAGAAACAUAGGUAAGGAAGUUGUCUUUCAGUUGCUCAUGAUGUGUGAUUUUUUUUGCUCUGUUAUGGGCUGGCGUAAAACAUCCUGCUUCAAAAUUCGAAUGUGACCAAAUUUGAAAAAAAUGUUACAUUUUUAUAGAAGCAUUUAUAUUUAAAUUUUAAGAAAAAACAUCCUUUGUUCAAAUUAUACUGUGACACAAAUUUUAGGCUCUACUGUCUAGCCCCAAGAUGGUAGCUAUGCUCCACAUUUUAUAGUGAGUUGUGUUAUGUAGACUCAAACAUUAGUCUUUUUCUAAUCAUGACUUGAUCUAGCCCUGGCUUGGUCUUGUCUCGGUCUCACCCUGCCUUGGUCUUGGUCUCAGUACACUCUGGUCAUAGUAAUGACUUGGUCUCGGUGGUUUUGACCACAUCACUACUUCAUACAUUAGACCUACAUAUCCGUAAGGUACAUUCCGAGGAGACAUAUCACUUAUUUUUAUUGAAACGUUUACGUAUCUGCUGAACUGACUGCAAUGCCAGUGCCGAUGUUGAAAUGGAAAGUACCGUUAAAAGUUUUUGUGCUUCUGUGAUUUUUUUUUUGCUUUCAUCAGGACUCUACUGAUAUGAGACUCAUUUGAUAAUAUACUACACCAUCUUUUCCCUCUUGCCAUUCUCUUGCAAAAUGUGCUGAUGUCUAUUC